UGUCAAAUAAAUAAACAAUUUUUUCGAAAAGUCAAAAGAGUGCUUCACGUGCUUAUGAAGGCGGAAGGUGGUAAGUCUGAAGCUAAGCUUAGACCCGAGGCCCCCGUAUUUGUUCCAAAGCUUGUAACAGCAACUGUCGAAAAGAACCCGGUCGAAACGAUAUUACAACAUUUUGCCAAUAAAGAACCCCAGUGUUCUCGUUACUCAAAGAAAUCGGUAAGAAGGUACAUUGGUAGUUAUCCCAACGGACCCAGACCCAUAUUGGGUACCAAUAAGUUACCUUUCCCUCGGCCUAUACUAGGUCGAAAAGAAAAUGACGAUGUUAAAGAGGAAGAAGAAUUUAUUGGAAGAGAGUUUCGUUCUUUAAGUAGAAAAAUGCAAAAAGUUAAAGUUGAAGAGGAAGAAGAAGAAAAACAUGACGUGGAAAAUGAACCAUCCGAUGCUGAAGAAUAAUUAGUACAAUUAGUUAGUAUUUAUAUUUCUGAAUUAUUUUGACUUAGCUUUUGAAAACUUUUUGUGUCUAAAUAUAAAAAUGUAAUACAAAAAUAGAUAUAAAUAUCAUACAAUAAAAUGAAGUAAAAAUUAAAGUCUGAAUGGUGUUAACACCUAAUAAAUAAAAUUUUUCGAAUAUUAUGUUGACCA